AUGACUAGUCCUCGCGAAAAGAUCCGUAACAACAUCGCUACGCGCGUAGCUCUUGAAGGGCUUGAAUUAUUUGAUACCGGUGUACAAGCUCUUAUCGAUGCACAAACGCGAGAUUUGGGCAACAGUCGGCAUGCCAUCGUCAAUCCGCACACCCAGCAAACCCUUCAACGACAUGGCUCAUCCCGGCUAUCCCUUGACAGUGACGAGUUACUUAUCGACGGAGAAGAUGGUCUUGACGUGCUGGCACAAGGUGUUGAUUUGGAACUUGAACUUGAAAAAUUCGAACAAGAGUUGGCCGAGCUGGAAGAAGCGGACGCAUUGGAUGAGUUUGAAAUCACCGAUAUAAGUACGGACAUGGAUCCCGGUCCUCCUGGAAGCAACCUUGGCUCAACCUAUCGAAUUGAAGAGGAAUCGAUGGGGGCAAAGAAUCAUACAUUAUUGGACGAAGUUUUACCAAGCUGGGACGAGCUCGAUGGCCCACUGGCAGAUACGCUCAACGAAAUCAAUGCGGAGGACGUUUUGAUGGGAGCAUUACUCGUGGGACUGGCCGAGGAGGUAGCGCACAUGCCUGCGCCAUAUAGUCAAGUUCCCGCUUCUCGCAGCAAACCCUCCAAGUGCGGGUUAUGUUCCACGAUGAGACCUAAACGAGAUUUGUAA